AUGAUGCGCAGAUUCGAAUUGGAAGCAUUUUUGCAAUUUAACGAAAAGUACCAGGUGACAGAAAUUAAUGUUGUGCCUCCCAUGGUCGUCGGCAUCGUUAUGUCCCCCUUCGCACAUACCAGAAAGUUUAUGAAGAGCGUCCGAUACGCCAUCUGUGGAGCUGCACCGCUAGACAAGGAUCUCCAAAACAGGUUUCUUCAGAUGCUGGCUAAGGGCGCUGUUGUUAAUCAAGUAUGGGGUAUGACAGAGGCAUCGUGCGUGGCCACGAUCUUUCCCUAUGACGAACCGGACUUCACUGGGUCAGUCGGCCGACCCAUUCCCAAUGUCCAGCUCAAGUAG